UGUCCUCGGGUUGUGGCGCUAAGUGAUUUUGUGUGUGCUGUGCCUUGUUGGUCUGGGAUCGUGUCUUUACACUUCACCUCACGGGGGCAGAGGCUUUGGGACGUUGCCACUUGUUCCUGCCGCCCUCGGCCUCGACGUUGGAGUCGCGCGCGGCUAAUAGGGGUGAGUCGGCCGAAAUGCGGACUAAAUCCCGGGGAAGUGGCAACAAAGUAAACCAACGACCAUCAACGCUGAUAGCGUGGCUACCUUAGGUAGGUAUGGGUUGCGCGACGAUGGCGACAUCCGCUUUCCCUCGGAGGGGGCGGGGUCCACCUGACUCCAGUUAUAAAUGUCAAGUGCCCGUUGCUGUCAACGUUUUUGUAUAAGACUUGUUCUAAGAGCAAACUACAUCAAUAAUUAGCUCCUCUCCGAAAAGAAUACGGCCAUACGCAAAUCCGGGGUAUCAGCCGAAAAGAAGACGGCAACGAGAAGGCAACAUGUCGGACCCCUCGAGCUACAGCUACCCCUCGCCGCUAGCCGGGUACGAAAACGCGCCGCCGUUGCCCGACGACCGCGCCGACGACGGCAAGAGCUUCCUUAACCCGCAGACGGGCGUGCUGAGCUCCGCCUACGAGCGCUUCGUCGAGCCGCUGGACAACGGCCGGCGCGGCGGGUUCGACGUGCACAUCUACUACCUCGCGCACAACGCCGAGCAGGCGGCGUACGCCGCGGCGCUGUGGGAGCGCAUCCGGCGCGAGUUCCCCGAGCUGCGCAUCUACCGGCUGUUCGACCGGCCGGUGGGGCCGCACCCCGUGCCUAUGUUCGAGGUCAACCUGCUGUCGCCGGCGCAGUUCGGCGCCUUUGUCCCGUGGCUAGCCAUCUGGCGCGGCCCGCUGUCGGCGCUCAUCCAUCCCAACACGGUCGAGGACGGCGUGCCACCUGCUGAGGUUGCGGCGCGCAACCACAGCCAGCGCGCCAUCUGGAUGGGCGAGCGCUAUCCUAUUGACUUAGGCCUGUUUCGCAGGUUCGGCGCGGCCCAGGCGGCGGCGGCUCCUGCUGCUGCUGUUCCUGGUGCUGGUGCUGGUGCUGGUGCUGCUGAUCAGGAGGGGAAGCCUUUGUCCUCUUGAUGAGAUAUGCGGAAUUUGGGGACCGGUAUUCGGCUGACGCCUCUGUCCCCUAAGAGAGAGACACUCUUGUGUUGCAUCCGAGGAUUGAUGUAGUAUUAUAUUAGUUCAGCCGCUCCGUGUCACCGGGCUCUUCACCUGCCGGACUGGACCUCAGGUAGUUUCCCAUAGGUAUGUCGAAUGCAACCAGGUGACGUUGGCAUCUUGUCAUGAUGGGAGAUGGGGACAGACUCUUUUAUGUUUCGAUCACGUUAACGACAUUUAAAUGUCUGUAAGGGGCGGUCUUCAUUCGUUACCAGUAUUUCACGUGAGUAUAGGGAUAUCGGGGGUGCAUCUGCUCGGAAUAAGCCGCAUCGCCGCCAGGCAGUUAACCCCCCUGGCGCCCGCAUUGAGGUGUGGCGCU